UACAGAAGCACCUUCUGGCCAUCGGCGGAGGGUGAGGCGCUCUCUCGCCCACUCUGUUUCGAUGCAAACCCGUCCCAUUGGCACCAGCCGGCCUUGUGGGAGGGGGCGGCAGAACAGCCUCAUCAGCCAUCCCUUUUCUGUCGGAGGACGGAGAGGCUCCCUCGGGAUCUUCGCCUUUAAGGUCCGAACGAGGAAGAGCGAAGCAGCCAGAGCGACGUGGUGCUGCUGCUGCUGCUGCUGCUGCUCUCCGUGGGGCUGGAGCCCCAGGGCUGCGGGAGCAGGUGUCGCCAGCGGCAGAGGUGAGGCAGAGCUGUAAGGAAGACAAGAUGGACCUUGAUGUGCUAAACAUGUUUGUAAUAGCCGGAGGCACUCUGGCCAUCCCUAUUCUGGCAUUUGUCGCAUCCUUCCUCCUGUGGCCUUCAGCACUGAUCAAAAUAUAUUACUGGUAUUGGCGCCGUGCACUGGGCAUGCAAAUUAGAUAUGCCAGUUAUGAUGACUACCAGUUUUGCUAUUCCUAUCGAGGGAGACCUGGGCACAGACCCUCCAUACUGUUGUUACAUGGAUUCUCUGCACACAAAGAUAUGUGGCUCUCUCUAGUGAAGUUCCUUCCAAAGCAUCUGCACUUGAUCUGUGUUGAUAUGCCUGGCCAUGAGGGCACGACCCGAUCAUCUCUAGAUGACUUCUCAAUUUAUGGUCAAGUGAAAAGAAUACACCAGUUUGUUGAAUGUAUCAAUCUGAACAGAAAACCCUUUCAUCUGGUAGGCACUUCAAUGGGUGGAAAUGUCGCAGGCGUUUAUGCUGCUCAAUAUCCAGCAGACAUCUGCAGUUUGACUCUUGUGUGUCCUGCAGGAUUACCUCCUGCCAAAGAUAGCAAAUUUGUUAAGCAACUUCAGGAGCUGAUAGAAUCUGAGGAUUUGGACAGGAUUCCAUUAAUUCCAUCUACCCCUGAGGAAAUGGCAGAGAUGUUGAAACUCUGCUCUUAUGUUCGCUUUAAAGUCCCCCAGCAGAUACUGCAGGGCCUCGUUGAUGUGCGCAUACCGCAUAAUGAUUUUUACCGAAAAUUAUUUUUAGAGGUAGCAGAUGAAAAGUCAAGAACCUGUCUUUAUGAAAACAUGAGCAAGAUCAAAGCCCCGACACAGAUCAUCUGGGGAAAGCAAGAUCAGGUGCUGGACGUCUCGGGAGCAGAUAUUUUGGCAAAAUCAAUUCCUGACUGUCAAGUACACAUUUUGGAAAACUGCGGACACACUGUAGUUGUGGAACGGCCUAGGAAGACAGCAAAGCUCCUCCAGGAGUUCUUAGCAACUGUCCAGAAUGCAGAAAACAACAAGAAACUGGCUUGAACUUUCAUUGUUAAGUUGAACCCUUAUCUAGAUGUUUCAGUCGCGAUGAAAUUCUCAGGGAUCUUGUACAGAACUUGGUGACCGUGCCAAAAUCCCUGAAGAAAUACCAACAUUUGAUCUAUAUGUAGUUCUGCCAGUGUAGUGAGUCAAAGGACACUGCACAUUGUUCAGAAUAUGGUUGCUCUUGGUAAAGUCCAGAAAAGUUCCAAAAUAUUUGGGAAGCAGUAAAAGACCCAUCAUAUCUAAUAAUGUAUUUUUCUUCUCUAUUAUCCCAUCCAUUUUCACAAAAUUUGAAACUAGGUAUCCAAGUUGGGACUGGAUACUGCACCUGUUAACUAGAGAGUCUGAAGAGAUUCAGACCUACUUUUAUUUUGCAGGGUUGCCAGUUUUCAGGUCUUUGCAAUGGUUUGGUAUAUUGUGCAACCUAGUUGGGUCUGCUCCUAAGCAGCUUUACUCAUAAGUAAGUACCCUUGAUGUCAAUGGGCCUCAGUUCCAAAUAAACUAUGUAGCUCCAGAUAAAGAACUGCAGCCUGAAUGACCUGAAAAAGUGUAUUUUCUGCUUAUCCACUGGACUUUACCUAUAGCAUAUAUGUCAUAAUUAUUUAUAUAAUAUAUAAACUAGAAUAUGACCUGAAAUCAGAAAAUUCUAUAUCAUGGAAUAUACUGGCCAAUCCUGGGUUUAUGCAGCUCUGUUAUGUGAUCUAGCAUAAUAUCUGGCUAAUUGGAACGUAGAUGUCAAUGACAUUCAUUUAAAAUAUAUAGGGAACACAGUAAAGAAGAAAAUUUCAUAGACUGAGAGCCUCAGGUAUAUCCUGCCUCUUAGUAUAUAUGGCUUUGCAUGAUAAGCAGCUCUUACAGAAGAUUCUGGUGGUCCAGAUGUUUGCAGAAGUGCUGUAUUUGUAGCUCAUUAAUUUAUUAUUUGGGCUGAGAAUGAAGGCAACAUACAAAAUUUUAAUGGUAUGAAAGUUUCAUGAACUGUGCAACUCUGUAAUGUUUACACUAGUUUAUUAUGGAUGAGUUUUUUCUAUCCCUUGACGACUCCUUUGUUAUGUAUGUACAGCCUUAAUUGUCAGCAAUGCUGAAAUUAUUGGUAUCAUCGGGCCUUGCUUUCAUUACAAAAAUGUUCCUGUGGUUGUGAUAGACAACUGUGGAGUAACUGGUUUAGGGUUUCAACCUUAAGGGGCAAUUCACUGACUAUUGAACGCACAUUUACACACACCAAACUGGUUUAGAUCUACUGAGAAUCAAUGGAAUUACACCUGUAUUUAAGUGAUUAGCAAAUAAUUCCCUGUGAAAAGCGAUCUUUCUGUACAGUUAAUAAACAAUGGAGCCAUUUUGGA